UGCGUUCUCCACAGUCGUGCUGUGUACCUUCCCAUUUCUGUCUUUGUGAAUUAAAAAUGGACUGGAAUUUUGAAGUCUACUUUUUCAUAUUAUGUGUAUCUCAGUCUGUGUUGGCUUUUAAUAUUGAGGCAAAUCCUUGGAGGUACUUCACCCAAAACCAGGACACAGCCUUUGGCUACAAAGUGAUACAGAAAGAUCAGUCCAGUGUGAUUGUGAGUGAUCCUUUAUUACAAAAUCAAGAUAAAAGAGGAAACGUAUACCUAUGUAGGACAAACUCAAAAGACUGCUCACCUUUAAAAAUUAAUGUUCCCCCUGAGGCUGUUAAUAUGUCUCUUGGACUUUCAAUGACUAAAGAUCCGGCAUCCUCAAAGAUAUUGGUGUGUGGCCCAACCAUCCCCAAGGCUUGUGAAGUAACUACUACCUACAAUGGCAUGUGCUUUACCAUUGAGGAGAGAAACACUGUCACAGGGCCUAUACCAAGCACUUUAAGAGAGUGCCCACCUCCUGCACAAACAGAUAUUGCUUUUUUGUUGGAUGGUUCAGGGAGUGUACAUCCCAUGGACUUUUCUAAAAUGAAGAGUUUUGUUAAAAAGCUGAUCCAAGGCUUACAAACACAAAAUAUUAAGUUUGCUGUUGCAGAGUUUUCUGAUUAUUGUAAAAUACCCAUUACAUUCAAUAACUUUAGAGACAUCAGUGACGUAGAUAAUAUAGAACAACAACGUCAAUGGACCAACACUGCAAAUGCUAUCAAUAAACUUGUGAAUGAGUUAUUCACCAGCAGUGCAGGAGCCAGGCCAAAUGCUAACAGAGUCUUACUCGUCAUCACUGAUGGUGAAUCCACUGAUGGUGUCAAUCUACUAUCAGCUAUUGAAAAUGCAGAAAAGAAAAAAAUUACUCGAUAUGCUAUAGGGGUUGGUGGAGCUUUUCACAGUCAAUCUGCACAGCAGGAGUUAAGAAUUAUUGCCUCUCAGCCACAAGAUGAAUAUAUAUUCAAGGUGGAUAACUUUGACUUGUUGGACAAAAUCCAUAGAACUUUGAAGGAGCAGAUAAUUGCUAUUGAGGGAACCCAGACGUCAGGAGACUCCAGCAGAAUGGAGUUUGCACAGGAGGGGUUCAAUGCAGCAUUUAAAACAAAUGGAAACAUCAUAAUGAGUGUAGUUGGAGCUUUCCAGUGGAAAGGAGGAUACCAAGAGUAUAAUUCACAUGAAGAAAACAUCUCCUUUCACACAGGCAGUGACCAUGACAGUUAUUUAGGUUACUCUAUGGCAGUAGGAAGAAUGUGGCAUGAUACAUAUGUUAUUCUGGGAGCUCCAAGACAUGCACACAAGGGAAGAGUGACCAUGUCAUCACUGAACACAAUGACACAGCUUCUGCUGGAUCCUCCAGAGGCACAGAUUGGUGCCUAUUAUGGAGCUGAAGUGUGUGUGGUAGACUUGAAUGCUGACUCCUACAUGGACCUUCUACUAGUUUCUGCUCCACUGUAUAUGGAAGAGGAUCAGGAAGGAAAAAUCUUUGUUUACUCCUUUUCACAGCAGUCACAAUUACAGGAACAAUCAACACAGACAUUGGAAGGAAUGAUGGGACAAAAAGGAAGGUUUGGCUCUGCGUUAUCCAGCCCAGGAGAUCUAAACGGGGAUCAUUUUGUAGAUGUAGUGGUAGGAGCUCCUCUGGAGGAUGAUGGACAGGGCAGCAUCUACAUCUUUAAUGGAAGAACAGCAGACAUCAACCCCACCUACUCACAGAGAAUCAGGGGUUCAUCUUUUCACCCAGGUCUAUGGUUCUUUGGUUUGUCUUUGAGUGAGUUUGCUUUGGACCACAGUGGAGAUGGUCUGCCAGAUAUUGCUGUUGGAAGCAAAGGAGCAGUCACAUUGCUCAGGUCCAGACCUAUUGUAUCCUUGGUGACCAAAGUAAUCUACAGCCCAUCAAAAAUCCCCACUAAAGACACAGAUUGUGAAAAGCCUUUAGAAAACAUCUUGCGUUUGUGUUUCACUAUGAAGGAUAAACACACUUAUCCAGGCUUAUCUGCAAAUAUUAAAUAUAUUUUAAAGCUUGAUGGAAAGCGAGAAAACUAUCGAGCAUUCUUUUCAGUUAAAAAUCCUACAGUGUCAGACAGUAUGACUGUUACAUUGGAGGAGAUGUGCAAAGAGCAUAAUUUUUUCAUAGAGGCUUGCAAUGACGAUGCACUAAACCCACUGUCCAAUCAGUUAACGUUUACAUUUGAGGGCCUCCCAGUUGGCACAGUGGAAGGGUUACGGCCCAUCCUUCACCCGGGAAUAAAAACCACCUCAGAUCAUAAUUUGGAUUUUGAAAUGAACUGUGGAGAUGAUAAGAUCUGCACUGACAAUCUUAAAAUUGAUUUCAACUUCUCUGGAUCAUCAGAUAUAAAAGUUGGAAUCAUGCAGGAUAUGAAUGUGACAGUGUUUGUGGAGAACAGAGGAGAAAACUCCUACAACAGUCUCAUAACUCUCAGUUACCCCUUUGGACUGUCCUUCAGGAGAUUCACCACUAAACAGAGCAGAGUGGAAUGCAUAUCUCUGGACAGUGAUGACAAAGGUUCACUGGGGACCUCCACCUGUCAUAUUAGCAAGCCCAUCUUCAGGGAGAAUGGCUUGGUCAUUUUUGACAUUACAUAUAACAUAAACAAAGACGUUAACUUUGAUAAAACAAUGAUGUUCACUGCUACUGCUUCCAGCGGCAAUGACAAACACUCAGAGAACAGCGAACUGUUCAAAAACAGAACCAUUGGUGUCAAAUAUGGCAUCUACAUCUCACUGAUCAGGUAUGAGGAGUCCAGCAUCCACAUUAACUUCACUGCAGGGAAGAACAACCUUGAGAAACCAGUCAGUCAAAUCCUCAAAGUCCAGAAUGACCUAAGAGACUUAACACUCACUAUUUUAAUCAAAGUCCCAAUAAAACUAAGAGAUAAGGAUAUCUGGACCACUAAGGAUUUGCAGAUUCAAGAUUGUAUUGUAGACAAAGAUGAACAACCCACAGUCCCUGAUUUUGUGGCAGCACUAAAAAAUCACCACAAAGUGAACUGUUCUGUGGCUGUGUGCAGACUUUUUAGGUGUAAUGCAAAUCUGAUGAGAAGGGAGUCAAAAUUCUACAACAUCUCUGGUCAUGUUAGUUCUGGAUGGAUUGAACAGACUAGACUCCGAUCAGCAGUUUUUGAGCUGGUCAGUACAGCAACUCUGGAAUAUGACAAAAAUAAAUAUGUCUACUUUUCCUCUGAUUCUCUACAUACUGCACCCACAGGCCUGAUUAAUACUAAGGUGGAGGUGUAUGAGGAGAAAAACAUCCUUAAGGAGAUAAUUGGAGGAGCAGUAGCAGGGCUGCUGAUUUUGGCUCUCAUCACUUCUGGCCUCUAUAAGGCUGGGUUCUUCAAAAGCCGCUAUAAGCAGAUGUUGGAAGAUGCAGGCUCUGGGGCUGAUGGGACUGAGUAGAAGGUGGAGGCAGCUGGAGAACACUCAGCUGCUGCACUGCUCUGCUUAAAUUCCAACAUGGAUUUGUCAGUCUGUGUUUGGAAGAUUAUGGUGGCAGCUGUAAAGUUCAACAUGCUACUAUGUCAUCUAAAAUAUAUGUCAGGGACUUGUACAUGAUAAAUUUAUCCUGAACUGGGCUUUUUUUUUUAGUAAUUAUAAAGACCACAAACAGUUAUUCAAAGUUCAAAUGGCAAUUUUAUAUUUUAAUGCGUUUUCUUUAUUUGUUAUCAAUCAUUCUUACUCACCAGAUGCAUAGGCAUUCAUUAAUAAAAACCUUCCCAUAAAGACUACCAAGGAAAAUGUUCAUGUGUGUAGAGAGUUUAUAUGAGGCAGAGAGAAGCAAAACAUAUUGUAAGCAGGAUACUUGGACCUAAGUGCUAGCUUUUUUAAAACCCAUACACACAAAUAAAUGUAGCCAAAAACCAGAAUAGUGUCCAAAAGGGUAACAAGUCAGCAAUGCUCUGUAGGUUGUGUCAUACCAAAAUUCCUCUAUAUUAUGGCAUAAUCAUUUCUACUUCAUUCAAGAAUAAAAAUGCAGACUUGAGAAUUAGUUGAAGAGAAUAUAUGGUCCUGUUCUAUUUCGCAGGUCAUCAUUACAAGCAUUAAUGAGGCAUCCUCCAGAGAAUGUAUGACAAUCACACAAAUAACCUAAAUUUCUUUUGUUUUCAAGAGUGAUUAUGUAAUCACUUACUCUACAGACUAGUGUUUGAAAUCUCCACCAUUAUAUCCACAACAUACAUUAUUAAAUAUAUGCAAAUUGUGAUCAAGCAUUAUGCAAGUUGACACCUGCAAGAUAAAGUUGCAGGUCAGCAUCACCCUGACCUUUUUAAUACUUUGAAUGAAUUGUCAGUUACAGUUGGUAAUUAAUUGGGGCACCACCCUGAUUAACAGGGAUUUUUUUCUAAUUUUAAUUAAUUUAUUAAUGAGUAAUAGUUCAGUUUCAACUCAUGAAAGUCACCAAUUCGAUACGUGAUUAUUUCUCAUCUACCAAACAUAAGAUCACUUUGGGCUGACAGACGUAAUAACCAAGGUAUGUUUACUGAAUAAGCAGAGAUAAGAAAAACAUGCAUUGACCAAGAUUCCUUUAAUGACCACGAGGGUCUAGUUCACUAGAAUCAUUAUAAUCACAAGCCAAACAAUGUAAACAAGCUAAAUUUAACAAUUUGUGGUGGACACAGGUAGUUAGCUAAUCGAAUAAUACUUUUUUUUUUAAUUAGAGAAACAAAGUAAAUAGACUCAAUUAUGCAACCUAUGGGAGUAAUCAAAGGGGCAAGCUACUUAUUGAUCAAGACCAACAAAGGAAACUUAUUAUGCAGCUCUGUCAAAAUUAGAAAAUUGUAGAAUACUUGUGGCAGACCAGAUUAUGCACUGCAACAAAUAAGUACUGCUUGCUUUACCGAGUUCAAAAAACAAUGAAAUAAUAACAUAAUGAGAAAUUGAAAGAAUAACUUUGAAAUCGAAUAUUAGAUUAAUAAAUACCACACAAACCUCACACACACAUUGUCCCUCCCUCCUCACACACACGCACACACACACACACACACACACAAAGGAUGCAAACUGAGGUUUAGAUGUAAAAUAUUUCGAAGAAAAGAGUGUCUUUCCUGAAAACUAAUGUAUGGAAAAGGUACAAAGGAAAACUAAAGUUUUUAUUUCCAGUCUGGCUUAGUGAGUAAAAUGCUCAUAAACGUUUAAAACUUUUAUGAAGGCAAUAGGUCACGAUAACACUUCAUACAAAAUUAGUUAUAUAUGGACAUUCCUUCAG